UACAUCGUCGAGGCGACAUUUAGGAUAGAAAAGUGUUUUUGUACUACAUUACCCAGAGUCCUGUGCGAUUAAACUCUAUGUCUGUUUUGUUUACAGGGCUUCGUUAAGCGAGGGCUCUUUGUGAUGACUUCUGCACCCUUUUAGUUGAAACAAUAGCAGUGAAAUUGUUGUCGUGUGUGUCCGUCGGUAGAAGAGGACACUGCAGUGACAUUAUAGUCGAGGUUUACUUCUGUAACGAAGCAGAUGAUGACAUUCCCAGGUCACAAUCAUCACCUGUUCAGGUGGCGGGGGCUCGGCAAGAAAACAUCUGCGGACAAGUUGCUUGUGAAGAAUGGUGAUAUUAAUCAGUGGAGAAAGCGUGUGGAGAUGGCCUCCGAGUUUGCUGUAUCUGAAGUCUUCCCCCAGAAGAAGCCUCGUUCAGGGACCAACAGCCGAGCUGUACCCUUGCAAAGUUCUGACCAGUUAAAAGAUCAUGACGACUCUUACAGUGAAGCUCAGGCUCUCCUCAGUGAUUGGCUGAGCAGUAAAUUGCGUCUGGAGCUGGAGGUGGAGGAGGAAGAUGACCUGAUGUGCUGCGAUGAGAAGAGAAGCCCGGCUGCACUGGCUCGUCCUCAGCCUGCUGCACUUAACUACAACAACUUUGAUGAUCUGUACAACUGCCUGGCCGAGGAGGAAGAGCAAAGUGCUGUUAACAGCUUCCUACAAGACCUGAUGGAGCAAGAGGUGUUAGAUUGUGGGGUUCUGGAGGAACUGGCGCUGGAUGUUGGACAAAAGAGGAAGAAGUUCAGAGAUCCAAUUGUCACCAUGGAAGCGCGACACCUGCAGGUGCGAGAGAACAGAGCCCGGCAGGAGGCUGAGAGGCAGAGGCAACAGGGAGAGAGGGAGGCUCGGCGUGAUGCCAGAGAGGAGGCGAAGAGGAUGGAGCGAGAGGAGGAGACAACAAAGAGGCAGCAGGCACGUAGACAGGAGGAUAUGGUGCAGCAGGAGAUGGUGACACUGCGACGUCAGAUGGAGGAGAGGAGAGGCCUGGAACAGCUGGUUCGACAGAGGGAAAGAGAGAGAGUGGAAGGGCAAAGGGCAGCCAGAAGCCUCCAGUCAGCUCCUCCCCCUCUCACUAACCAGCGGCCGCAGGAUAGAGAGCGAAUUUAUAAAGAACAGAAACUUCAAACCAUGGUGCACAUAGUCAAUCUCAAGCGUCUGCAGAGGCAUUUCUCUGGAUGGUAUUCAGUUGUGUUGGACCGAAGGCUACGUUUAGGGAAGGCCAAGGCCCUCUGUGACUGGAAGCGGCAGCUGAGAGCCUGGCGAGGGUGGCGGGGAGUCGUGUGGGUGGAACAUCAGCAGCGAGAGGUGGUGAGAACAGAAGAGGAUUUACGAGCUGAAAACAGACAACGCCAGCUGGCUGUGGAGAGUGACCGAAGGCGGUUACUACGGCGAUGUCUGAAUGAGUGGCAGCUAUGGUGUCGGAUAGAGAAGGAACAACGAGAGCUUUUGGCUCUGCAGCAGGAGACCCGACGCAAGAUGGCUGCCUUAAUCAACGCUGCAUCAACGGGCAAACUCAUGUCAACAGAAACCCAAACUUUACCGGCCAUUAUGGCCCCAGCUGAGGCAACUAACCCACCUGAGGCCCCAGAGAAGGUGGAUCACCACAGGUCAAGCACUUUAGCCCACAAAGCCUCUGCAGCACUUCAGACCCCUGUGGGUGCUGUGGCCCAGCGCACUCAGCCAUGGCAGGUGACCAGGCACCAUGCAGCACCGACUGCCGCUGAGCUCCAUGGGGCACAGCAGAGAGGUGAGGGCGGCGGCUUCACCUCUUCAAAAAGUCCAGUGUUGCCGGGCAGCAGGUUUGAGAACAGACACGCCGUCCAGGAGCAGAUCAUAACACAGCAGAGGAAACUGUUGAAGGAGCAGCAAGAGAAGAUUGCACAGCUGAAGGAGGAGCAGAGCGUAAAGGGUUUGGAGCUGGAAAUGGAGAAAAUCAGCCAGCUCACCCAGCUAUCAAUGCUAAGAGCAUCAAGACCAAAAAGCCACAACAGUGAACUCUCAGAGCAGAGGGCAUCAAGAGUUACUGGGGAACCUGACAGUCUCUGGGCACCGCCAAGGAAAGCUGUCGCACGGCAGACAUGCCCCCGUGCAAUCAUUACGGCUAUGGAGGUCCGUGCACGUCAGCGCGCAGAACGAAGGAUGGAAAUUGAGGAACUCAAGAGAAAGAAGGACGAGGAAAAACUGGCUGAGAUGAAAGCUGUUGAGGAGCAGAGGCAGAGGGAGGAGGAGGAGGAGAAACACAAAGCAGUGGAAAAGAAAAGGGAGGAGAAAAGGCAGGAAAGAGAGAGGGAAGAGGAGAAACAGAGGCAACAGGAGCUAAUGAAGCUGGCCCGUCAACACCAUCGCAGAAACCUGCUGCUGCGGCGAGGCCUGGCGCCAUGGAAACGUCUCAUUCAGAUCAGACAAGCCAACAUACAGCUGGCCGAGCGUCAUCACAAUGUCUCCGUCCUGAGGCGGUGCACACGAGGCUGGCAGCAAUCAGCAAGAGAGUCCCUGUCGGAGAAGGAAGCUUUUGCUGACCAACUGCACCAGCACUUUUUGCUUCGGAGGAGCUUAAGCUGCUGGAAAAGACUUAAAGACUGGCGGAUGAUUCAAGAGGAGAGAGCCAAGCGUUUCUAUCGCACUCGCACUCUGAGGAGGUUUCUGCUGGCACUCCUUGACCAUGUGACCCAGGAGAGGCUGGACAGUCAGGAGCUCGCUCAGGAGCACAACAACAGACGGGUGCUGCGGCGAUGUUUGCUGGCCUGGAGGCAGCUUCCCUGUUUGCUGCGCAAGGAAAGAGCGAAGGAGGCGCGGCGGGAGAAGCUGGGGCGGAGGGUGGCUGAGGUUCUGCCGGAUUUCGGCUCCUACCCGCUGUCAAGCCUCUGGGAGAAGCCGACACUGUCGGGGAAAGACUCGCACACAAACAUCUCAACAACUCUGGAGGAUACGCAUACGAAGACAAAAUGAAUACACAUAUCUCAACAUUAUAUUUAUAAAAAUAAAUACAUGAAUUUCAUACAAACACAACUCGACCAAUACAACUUUUAGAAUUUCCGAAAACAAAUAAAACCUUUUAAACCCUUUGAGAAAAUCUCUUUCGAAAAAUCAGCGAUAGUGGAAAGCUAACUUCUCAAUAAACCAAUAAAUUACAUUUUUGGUUUAUUUGCUUUUAAUUAAUUCAGAAAUCCAUUUGAACCAGCUAAGAGAAUAAAAGUAACUACUAAUAUA